UCUCUAGCUCUCCCUCUCUAUGUGUUCAUUUUCAACAGUUUUACAAAAUGGGGUCUUGUAAAUUCUCCAUGUUCUGUCUUCUAUAUUUGGUCAUUGUGUUGUUUGUGGAGGUUUCUGGGGAGGAAAUGAGUGCUGAGAUAAUGAAAGAUCGAGUUUCAUUGCUCUCAUUCAAGAAGGGUAUUGUUUCAGACCCUGGAAAAGCUCUUGAGAGCUGGAACUCUCCUGGCGUUCAUGUCUGCAAUUGGACUGGUGUAAAAUGCAACGAUGGUGGUGACCAAGUAGUGCAGCUUGACCUUAGUGGAAGGUCUCUUCAUGGCACUAUUGGUCCUUCUCUUGCGAAUCUUUCCUCUUUAUCUGUCCUUGAUUUGUCAAAGAAUUUCUUUGAAGGUCACAUUCCUGAAGAGCUUGGAAACCUUCUUCAACUCACGCAACUCAGCCUGUCCUGGAACUUUCUCCAGGGUGAAAUUCCUGAUACUUUGGGGCUCCUUCACCAGCUUAAUUAUCUUGAUCUUGGAACCAACAGGCUUGUUGGAGAUAUCCCGUCGCCGCUCUUCUGCAACAAUUCUUCUUCUUCCUUGGCAUACAUCGACCUUUCGAACAAUUCUAUAACCGGUGAAAUUCCUUUGAAGAAUGAAUGUCAGCUCACAAAUUUGAGAUUUCUUCUCCUCUGGUCUAAUCGUUUAGAGGGCAAGAUUCCUGAAGCUCUUGGAAACUCUUCGAAACUCGAAUGGCUCGAUUUGGAGUCGAAUAUGUUAACCGGGGAGUUGCCUUUGGAGAUUAUACGUAAAAUGCCACAGUUACAGUUCCUCUACUUGUCAUACAAUGACUUUGUUAGCCAUGAUGGUAACACUAACCUUGAACCACUUUUCGCUUCUUUAGUUAAUUCCUCUAACUUUAAGGAACUUGAGUUAGCAGGAAACAAUCUUGGUGGAGAGAUACCUUCUAUUAUUGGUGAUCUUUCCACCAAAGUUGUACAGAUUCAUCUUGAAGAGAAUCUCAUUUAUGGCUCAAUCCCUCCUGACAUUUCUAAUAUUGUCAAUCUCACCCUUUUGAAUUUGUCUAGCAACCUCUUGAAUGGAACCAUUCCACCUGAGUUGUGUAUGAUGAGGAAACUAGAGAGAGUUUUCUUGUCAAAUAAUUCACUUUCUGGUGAGAUUCCUUCAGCUCUUGGUGAUCUUCCCCAUCUUGGUCUUCUCGAUUUAUCAAAAAACAAGUUUUCGGGUUCAAUUCCGGAUAGUUUUGCUAAUCUUUCCCAGCUGAGAAGGCUAUUGCUCUAUGAAAAUCAGCUCUCAGGAACAAUCCCUCCAAGUCUAGGAAAAUGUGUCAAUUUGGAGAUUCUAGACCUCUCUCACAAUAAGAUUUCUGGGAUAAUUCCUAGUGAAGUUGCAGGAUUGAGGAGCCUGAAGAUAUACUUGAACUUGUCCAGCAAUCACUUGGAGGGGCCUCUACCAUUGGAGCUGAGUAAGAUGGACAUGGUGCUGGCAGUUGAUUUGUCUUUAAACAGUCUCUCCGGCACGAUUCCGCCGCAGCUUGGAAGCUGCAUUGCCUUAGAAUCUCUCAAUCUUUCUAGUAAUAUUUUGGAAGGUCCUCUUCCAUCUUCAAUAGGCCAGCUGCCUUAUCUUAAGGAAUUUGAUGUAUCAUCAAACAGAUUGUCUGGUGAAAUUCCUGAGUCUUUCGAGGCAUCAUCAACUCUGAAGGAACUCAACGUUUCUUUCAACAAAUUCACAGGGAACAUUUCCAGGAAGGGAGCCUUUUCAUCUCUAACCAUGGAGUCUUUCCAGGGCAAUAAUGGCCUCUGUGGAUCAAUAAAAGGCAUGCCAAAUUGCAAAAAGAAACAUAAUUUUCAUUUGGUCAUUCUGCCAAUACUACUGUCACUGUUUGCAAUUCCUGUAAUCUGCGUAUUUGGAUACCCUCUGGUCCGCAGAUCAAAAUUCAAAAGGCAACUAUCAGUAUUCAAUGGAGAAAACUUGGAAGAUGAAGAGAAAGACAAAGAGGAAUCCAAAUACCCAAAAGUCUCCUACAGACAACUCAUUGAAGCCACAGGAGGGUUCAGUCCUUCAAGCUUAAUCGGUUCCGGCCGGUUCGGCCAUGUCUACAAGGGAAUUCUUCAAGACAACACAAGAAUUGCUGUCAAAGUGUUGAACUCAAAGACAGCUGAGGAGAUUAAAGGGAGCUUCAAAAGAGAAUGCCAAAUCCUGAAAAGAACCAGGCACAGAAACCUGAUAAAAAUCAUCACAAUUUGCAGCAGGCCAGAUUUUAAGGCACUGGUUCUGCCACUGAUGUCAAAUGGGAGCCUGGAGAGGCAUCUAUAUCCGAGCCAUGGGUGUAGCCCUGGCCUGGAUUUGUUGCAGCUGGUGAAUGUUUGUACUGAUGUGGCUGAAGGGUUGGCCUAUUUGCACCAUUACUCUCCAGUGAAAGUUGUGCACUGUGAUCUCAAACCAAGCAACAUUCUCCUUGAUGACGAUAUGACAGCUUUGGUAGCUGAUUUUGGAAUAGCGAAGCUGGUUAAAGAAGUUGAUGAGAGUAGUGUUGCUUCCAAUGAAUCAAUGUCCUAUAGCUCAACAGAUGGAUUGUUAUGUGGAUCUGUUGGCUAUAUUGCUCCUGAGUAUGGAAUGGGGAAAAGGGCAUCAACAGAGGGAGAUGUAUUCAGCUUUGGGGUGCUAAUGUUAGAGAUAGUGGCAGGAAGGAGGCCAACAGAUGUGCUAUUUCAGGAUGGUUCAAGCUUGCAUGAAUGGAUCAAACGUCACUACCCAAAUGGGCUAGAGCCAAUAGUUGAGCAAGCUAUUGUUAGGUAUAUGCCUAAAUAUAAUAUUCAAAUGCCACCAUUUGAUUGUAAUAAAAUCAUAUGGCAUGAUGUUAUAUUGGAAUUGAUUGAGCUUGGCCUGUUGUGCACCCAAUACUCUCCUUCAACAAGGCCAACCAUGCUUGAUGUUGCCAUUGAAAUGGGCAGGUUGAAGCAAUAUCUCUCCGAUCCUUCCUCCUAUUUGAUUCAAGAAGCUUCUCUCAAGGGAGAUGCCCUUGUUUGAUUGGGCUCAUCGAGUUGUGACUAUCAAUAAUUCAUCAUUAAUUGUAUUGAUUUAUUAGGAAAAUAAUAAAAUUUAUUUUCAUAU